AAAAAGAUAACCCUCGUUCCCGCAAAACCCUCCAUUCUCGACCAAGAAGCCGCCGCCUCCUUCGAUCCAAAUGGACAACGCCGAUCAUCCCCCGUCCACUCCUGGGUCGCCGACCUCAGCCGGGUUCAGCACUGACCGGCUGCCUCCCAACACCAGCGGAAACACUGACUCCUCUGGAUCGGACGAUGAGGCCGCCGUUGAUCCUAAUGUCAUCCCUGAUGACGUCCCCGACGGGGACGACGUCGGUGAAGAGGAGGAUGGUGAAGAUCUCUUCAAUGAAAACUACAUGGACGAUUACCGGCGGAUGGACGAUCAUGAUCGGUAUGAGUCGUUGGGUUUGGAUGAUUCGAUGGAGGAUGAGCGGGAUUUGGAUCAGAUCAUGGCGGAUCGGAGGGCUGCGGAGGUGGAGCUCGAUAACAGAGAGAGGCGCACUGCUGUGGCUGGUCGAAAGCUGCCCCGCCUUCUUCAUGAUCAGGACUCAGAUGAUGAUAUAGGCUUCAGGCGUUCAAAAAGAUCUAGAGCUGAUUUCAGGCCUCCAGGAGGUGCAACAAGUGAUGAUGAUGGUGAUGGUCCCAUGCUGAGUUCACCAGGAAGAUCCCAACAGGGCCAUUCAAGAGAUGAUGUGCCAAUGACUGAUCAGACAGAUGAUGAUCCCUAUGAAGAUGAUUUUGAUGCUGAGAGCGAGAACAAUAUGUAUCGUGUCCAAGGAACACUGAGGGAGUGGGUGACAAGAGAUGAAGUCCGCCGAUUUAUUGCCAAGAAAUUUAAAGAGUUCCUCCUUACAUAUGUUAACCCAAAGAAUGAACAAGGAGAUUGCGAAUAUGUGCGUUUGAUAAAUGAGAUGGCGCUAGCGAAUAAGUGUAGUUUGGAGAUUGACUACAAACAAUUUAUCUAUGUUCAUCCAAACAUUGCAAUUUGGCUGGCUGAUGCCCCUCAGUCAGUGCUUGAGGUCAUGGAAGAGGUUGCCCAGAAAGUUGUUUUUGAUUUUCACAAGAACUACAAAAAUAUUCAUCAGAAGAUUUAUGUUCGAAUAACCAACCUUCCAGUUUAUGAUCAAAUACGUAACAUUAGACAGAUCCACCUGAACACAAUGAUUCGUAUUGGAGGAGUUGUGACUCGAAGAUCUGGUGUUUUCCCUCAGUUACAGCAGGUGAAAUAUGACUGCGCAAAAUGUGGCAUGGUUCUUGGUCCUUUUUUCCAGAACUCUUAUUCUGAAGUAAAAGUUGGGUCUUGUCCUGAAUGUCAGUCUAAGGGACCAUUCACCAUCAAUGUUGAGCAGACUAUUUAUAGGAACUAUCAGAAACUCACUCUUCAGGAAAGUCCUGGAAUUGUGCCAGCUGGUAGACUUCCAAGAUACAAGGAAGUGAUAGUUUUGAAUGAUUUGAUUGACUGUGCUCGUCCAGGAGAAGAGAUUGAGGUGACAGGAAUAUAUACCAACAACUUUGACCUCUCCUUGAAUACCAAAAAUGGGUUUCCUGUGUUUGCGACAGUAGUUGAGGCAAAUUUUAUCACCAAAAAGCAGGAUCUCUUCUCUGCCUACAAACUCACUGAUGAGGACAAGUCUGAGAUAGAGAAGUUGUCUAAGGACCCUAGAAUUGGAGAAAGAAUUAUCAAGUCCAUAGCCCCAUCAAUCUAUGGUCAUGAAGACAUUAAGACAGCUAUUGCUCUUGCCAUGUUUGGAGGACAAGAGAAAAAUGUGAAAGGAAAACAUCGUUUGAGAGGGGAUAUAAAUGUCCUCCUUCUGGGUGAUCCAGGCACUGCAAAAUCUCAGUUCCUUAAAUAUGUUGAGAAAACAGGCCAUAGAGCUGUUUACACCACUGGCAAAGGAGCAUCUGCAGUUGGGCUCACAGCUGCAGUCCACAAGGACCCCGUGACCAGGGAAUGGACUCUGGAAGGUGGUGCUCUAGUUCUAGCUGACAGAGGAAUUUGCCUAAUUGAUGAAUUUGACAAAAUGAAUGAUCAAGACAGGGUCAGUAUUCAUGAAGCCAUGGAACAGCAGAGCAUCAGUAUCUCAAAGGCAGGAAUUGUUACAUCUCUUCAAGCCCGGUGCAGUGUUAUUGCUGCAGCAAAUCCUGUUGGGGGAAGAUAUGACUCAUCAAAGACUUUUUCACAAAAUGUGGAAUUGACGGAUCCAAUUAUAUCACGUUUUGACAUCCUCUGCGUUGUUAAGGAUAUUGUUGAUCCGGUCACAGAUGAAAUGCUUGCUAAAUUUGUUGUGGAUAGUCAUUCAAGAUCACAGCCAAAAGGAGUUAAUAUUGAUGACAAUCAUGCAAGUCAUCCAGAAAAUCUAUUGGCCUCUGCCAGACAAGCAGACCCAGAGAUACUUUCUCAAGACAUGCUCAAAAAGUACAUAACAUAUGCCAAGUUAAAUGUCUUCCCCAAGCUACAUGAUGCUGAUCUGGACAAGCUCACACAUGUUUAUGCUGAACUACGAAGAGAGUCAUCUCACGGUCAAGGAGUUCCUAUAGCAGUCCGCCAUAUUGAGUCCAUGAUACGAAUGUCAGAAGCCCAUGCUAGAAUGCAUCUAAGAAAUUAUGUAUCACAAGAAGAUGUAGACAUGGCAAUACGUGUCCUGCUAGAUUCUUUUAUAUCAACCCAGAAAUUUGGAGUCCAGAAAGCUCUGCAAAAGAGGUUUAAGAACUACAUGACAUUCAAGAAGGAUUUCAACGAGUUACUCUUGCAUUUUCUACGUGUUCUGGUGAAAGAAGCAUUACACUUUGAGGAAAUUAUGUCUGGUUCUACUGCCCGCCUUACACAUAUCGAGGUCAAGAUAGAAGAGCUACGAAACAAGGCCCAGGAAUAUGAAAUCUAUGAUCUGAAGCCAUUCUUCUCCAGUGCCCAUUUUAGAAAUAACAACUUCAUUUUGGAUGAGGAGCGAGGAGUUAUCAGACACCCCCUUGCUAGAUAAUGAUGACUUGUACUAAACUAAAUCUUCUGACCCAGUUAAGUAUCCUGCCAAGGCUGUUACAUUCUUCAGUUGCUUGUAAUGUUUUUCAGGCUUGACAUUCAAAAACUAUGACAUUAUUGUUCUUUGAAUCCGAAUCAAGAAUCUAUUUUCGCCUUGUUUGGCA